AUGGCCCGGGGACGUCGGCGCACGCCGGCGCCCCUCGCCCCGCUCGCCGCCCGCCGCCGCCCCCGCUCCGGGGAUCGGCCGCCCCGCAAGGUGCCCGCAUGGGGCUGGAGGGCUUCGGAGGCGAGCCGGUGGCUGGCUGCAGCCCGCCCUGCCAGCUGCUGUGCCCGGCGGAGGGUGGCAAGAGGAGCGAAGCGGGCAGAGACAUUGUAUCCGCCCAGCUGGCUACAGUAUCGCCUGGCACCCAGCUGGUUACAUCUGCUGACACCCAGUUGGUUAUGGUAUCGCCUGGCACCCAGCUGGUUACAGUAUCGCCUGGCACACAGCUGGUUACAUCUGCUGACACCCAGUUGGUUAUGGUAUCGCCUGGCACCCAGCUGGUUACAGUAUCGCCUGGCACACAGCUGGUUACAUCUGCUGACACCCAGUUGGUUACAUCUGGCGCCCGAUUGGCUUCAGUAUCGCUUGGCAAUCGGUUUGCUGCAUCAGCUGCCUUCCAGUUGGUCGCAUCCCAGGACUCACCGACAGUGGGCACUGCGCCUGGCAGCGGAGGUUCGAGGAGGUGCCACCCGGACUGCUACCUGCCCGGCGACCUCCUGCUCACCCUGGACCCGCUGGGCACCCUCCCUCCUACCCGGCAGGCCUCGGGCGGUGGGGAGACCCCUGGCCCGGUGCCUGCCCCCUGGCAGGGGGAGGCGGGGCGCCCAGCUCAAGCGGAGGAGGCUGGAGAACGGGGAAGGCGGGGGCAGCGGCAGGCUGGCGAACGGGCACAGCGACGCCGUGGCGGCCUGCAAGAGGAGGAAGGCGGAGGGGCUGCUGGAGGGCCAGGAUGAGGGGGCGCGGCUACGGUGGCAGACCCUGGAGCUGGUCAACAAGUACGUCGUGCCCUGCAUGAACAGCUACGGCAUCUGCGUCAAGGACAACUUCCUGGGGGCAGUGCUGGGGGGUAAAGUCCUACUGGAGGUGCUCUCCCUGCACCGCAACGGGACCCUGAUGGACGGCCGGGUGGUCAGUCCCCUCAGCGUGCCCACCCGCAGCAUCCGGGGCGACAAGAUUGCCUGGGUGGAGGGCACGGAGCCCGACUGCACGAGCAUCGGGGAGCUGAUGGCCAGGAUCGAUGAGCUGAUCAUCUACAGCUCCGGGCGGCUGGGCAAUUACGGGAUCAACGGGCGGACAAAGGCCAUGGUAGCUUGUUACCCCGGACACGGGACGGGAUACGUUCGCCAUAUCGACAAUCCAAACGGAGACGGGCGCUGCGUCACCUGCAUUUACUACCUGAACAGGGACUGGGACGUCAGUGUCCAUGGCGGCCUGCUGCAGAUAUUCCCGGAGAAUCGAUCGGAGGUUGCCAACAUUGAGCCUUUAUUCGACAGGUUACUCAUCUUCUGGUCUGACCGCCGAAACCCCCAUGAAGUGAAGCCCGCGUUCGCCACCAGGUACGCCAUCACUGUCUGGUAUUUUGACGGCAAGGAGAGGAUUGAAGCUAAAGAGCGAUUCAAGAGAGCCUUGGCCCAGAAGGCCCUGAAGUUCGACUGAGACCAGGGCCACCGGAAGCUGCGUCGGACGGGCCAGUCGCCUUGCGGGCGUGCAUCGCGCCACUGUGUCAGCCACUCCGUGGAUCUCCUGCUGCAUCUGGAGAGGGCCGCAGUCUUCACGGACAAAUUGGCCUGGGUCGAGUGGAGCCUGACCACUUUGCCCGUGCGUGGUGGGCGUAGGAGAGUGAAUGCUGAAGUCUUGAUCGUUCUCCCCCCUUCCCAGCGAGGACAGCUUCUGCCCCCCUCCUCCACCUCUCCAACCCCGUCUGUGUUGUACACGACAUGUUUGGUCCCUGCGCCUCGGCCUAUCAGCGUUGGACUGGCCCGUGGAAUCACAGAGGGCGACGGGAGAAACAGGCCUUUCGGCCCAUUUGAUCUAUGCCAACCCUUGAUUCAGCCUAAUCCCAUCUCCAGCCCGGAGGGGGAAGCAUGCGUCAGGAUCCGUGCAGGAGUUCCCUGGUGAUCCGACAGGCUGCACCCACUCUCCCCCUACCAUUCCCACCUGGGAGAUGAAAGGAAGAACUACCAGCCCCUGUUUUUUUUGGAGGAGGAGGAGUUGGAGAGAAGUGGGGGGGCCAGUUCCAGCCCCUCGGGAGGGUACCGUCAGCUGCGGAAUCCAAGCUUCAACCGGCGUGACCCGGAGCAUUCUCGGCCCAGCGGAUGUUGAAGCCAAGUGACACCGCGCCCCCUUCCCCACGAACAGGCCAGAACCUCCAGAAAUUGGGAGACCAGCCCACUACUGAGGCCCGGGAGCACGCAGGCCAGGGAAGGCACCUGAAAAGAGUUGCAUUUUAAAAAUGAGAUCUCGCUGGAGAGGGAAGGACGCUUGGCAUUUGGUGUACACAGCAAGAUCCCACAAGCAGGAAAAGUGGUGGAAAAAUAAUAAUGUUGACUGGUUGAACUGGCCGGGACAUAAAAGAACAUCUGUAUUCUUUAAGGACACAUUUUGAGAGGGUAGUCUUUGAUGAGGGGGGGGGAGGGUGUCUAAUUUGGCAUUUCUUUCAAGAGGCAGUGCCCCCUCCUCCUCAGGGAGGGGUGACAUCUGGAUUUCCACAGUCAAGUUCUCAGAGCAGGACUUGACCCCAGAGACCUUGGAUUGUCAGGGCGGGUGGGGGGGAAUCCUGCCAGCUGUCUUCUCUCUCCCCUGCGGACUUUCCGCGCCCCUCUCCGGCAGGGCCCCGCAGUCCGGCGGGUUCCUAUCAAGAGCGGGGUUUGACCCCGGCACCCCCGGGAAAAGGGUGGAAAGUUACGGGGAGAAGGUAGGAGAAUGGGGUUGGAAGGGGCAAUUAAUCAGCCGGUGGGCCUAAUUCUCCUCUCGUGUUUCAUGUCUUCGCCCGGAAUGAUUUUGAAUUUUCCCCGGGAAACUACGUUUUGAGGGUAAUUCUUUGCGGAGCCACUUUAGAUUUAACGCAUUUGCCUUUGGAGAGGGAGAUGGUUUCGAGGGAUUUGGGGCCUCGAUACGCAAAUCACCUAAAUUGUUAACCGCGCUCUCAUCUGAUGCUCCCGCUUGAUGACGGGUUCAGCACAGUACUGUCUGAGAUCUCGACGUUGUACCGGGAGCGUGAAUCGGAUUAAAACUGAGUUGUUUAC